ACUUGGGACACUCUUUUGGUGGUGUCCAACUGCAAGUUGCAAGCGGGUACCAUUCACAAUAUACUGUUUGCAUAUUUUGGCCUUUAUAACCAACCUUUCUGCCCCCUACCUUCUCUCCCCACUCUUUGGACAAUGGAAAGUGGAUUACCCUUCCUUGACUGUCUCCUACAGCACACUCUCAGAAGCAUUUGCUCUUUUCCCACUUCCCCAACUUCUUCUAAGUGGGUGUAUGCUGUUUUCUGGAGGAUAGUACCCAGAAACUUCCCUCCACCUAGGUGGGAAUUUGGAGGGACAGCUCUUGAUCGCUCAAAGGGAAAUAAAAGAAACUGGAUCCUUGUAUGGGAAGAUGGGUUCUGCGAUUUUAAUGAAUGUGAACAAGGGAGGAGUGGAUACCUGAACCACAGUUUUGGACCUGACGUAUUCUUCAAAAUGUCUCAUGAGGUUUAUAGUUAUGGAGAAGGAUUACUGGGGAAAGUGGCUGCGGAUAAUAGUCACAAGUGGGUUUAUAGAGACACUCACAGUGGGUGUGAACCUAACUACAUUGGUGCGUGGAAUUCUUCAAUCGAUCAUCAACCAAGGACGUGGGAGUUUCAGUUAAAUUCAGGUAUUCAGACUAUUGCUGUCAUUGCUGUCAGAGAAGGCCUAGUACAACUUGGUUCAUUUAACAAGAUUGCUGAAGAUCUCAAUUUGGUGGUCAACAUUCAAAGGAAGUUCAGCUACCUCCACAGCAUACCAGGUGCAUUUUCCAUCCAAAGACCACACCUACCCAUUCAGCCUCCAUGCAUUGCCAAAACCAAUAAUCACCACAUGAUGGAAAGCAAUGAAAAGACUCUAUCUACCUAUAACAACAACAACCAAGUAACAAGGGUCAAUGCAUUGCAUGAGGAAAGGUCCAGCUUCUUUUCCAUGUUAGCCAUCAACUUGGGUAGGAAUCCACCACCCCAAAAUGGAACAACAACAACACAACAAGGGUCACCUCUUUGGUCACCUCCUUGGUCACCUCCACCUUCCUUGCCAAACAUGUCUUGCAGCUUUGGAGCUAUGCUGUCAAAGCUUCCAUCUGUAACUCCUUCCAAUAAUCAUGCUCAAGUUCCUCAAAUCAAUAGGAUUAACACCACAGGCCACAAGCUGAAGAUUGAGGAGUUCAGAUUUCAUUUUGCUGACGAUGAAAGGAAAAGUACUAACAACACAUUCUUUUAACACGCUCCGACUUACUUAAAAUUUAUUGGAAAUCACAAAAUUUGGUGGAUCUCACUCUUACCUAUUGAGCCACCCUAACAAUUUCGUAGUUUUCAAUAAAUCUUAAGAUAUUAAAGUGUGUUCGAAAAAAUGUGUUUGAGAGUGUUAUGGGUGAACAAUGGAAUCUUAAUUUGAGAAUGACCAUAAUCACCCCUUGGAUUUAGUAUUUAGCUUUGUAAUAAUUGACGUUUAUGACAGUGAGAGAUGGUUAUAUUUCUUUAUAGCAGCAUGAGGUGAGGUAUAUAGGUGGAAAGUUUAUGGUCAUAACUAUGGAUUUACUACUUUCGCUUUUGCGUAUUAAUGCUAAAUAUUAUGCAGUGCAGAUAUAAUUUGAUGAUG